GCUGUCAAUCAUGUUGCCCACCUCAAGCUUCAUGGCGAAGUUGACCCGUCAUUGUUCUGGCCAUACCAGCCAUCGGAGAAGCCGCUACCAUUUUGGCAGUCAAUGAAGAAACUGGAGAUCACGAUGGAGCAAGACUCGACGUCGACCGAGUGGUAUCAGAGAACCAACUUCAACAAGUGGUCUCAAAAGACCAUCGCUCGCUACGACUACGACAUCAACUUUCCCGUCAACCAUCCUGGGCAUCCCGCUCCUGGACACGGCUCUGUCAGCGAGGCAAAACGCGCGCAUCGUUAUAUCAACAGUAUCUUACAGCACGAAAGGACAAUCUACGACCUCACAUAUCGUACCCUGGUGGAUGGAGGCUUUAAAGAUGACAAUGAUGACGAUGGCAGCGAUCACGACAACUUCGAGAACAGCAACGAUGCUGAUGAGAGCAAAUAUGAACACGAUGACGCCAGAGAGGACGAGAUGCUUGAGUUCUGCGAAGCUAACGAGCCUACAAUGGCUCGUCUUUUGGAUGCGAUGAUGAAAGCGAUGCUACAGAUGCGUCGCCUCGAGUUUGUGAGACUGGAGGGCUGUCUCGGUGGCAUGUGGUGCUUUGAGUUUUACGCCCCUGGUGUGCCUAGCAAGUAUGAUGCAAAGUCUGAGGCAACACCCUCUUAUGCAAGAUUCAUUCUCCCCAAGCGCCACUUCUGGAUUCCAGGUGAAGAAAUUCUGAACGGAUUCCGCAACAUGGCGACGGAGAAGUAUGGUCAACAACCAGCCAUUGUCUGGGUUACGCACAUACGGCGUAAUUAG